CCGUAUGCAAGGACUUUUCUUACUGCCUUUAUAGCUGUUUGGUAAAUAGAGAAACAUGUAGCUACCAGUAACCUGAAUGCUACAAAGAACUGGGAGUAAGUAACUGGUUUCAGCCAUAGAAGAAAUCCAUUGUGAUAGUAGAGUGUUAAAUUAUGCAAGCACUACAGAAACAGGGGAAAAUCAGUUUGAUAGGAGCUCUGAACAACUGAGCAGAUACCAAAUUAUCUUCAGACUAGUGAACCAGGAUAUCAUAUUCCCCUCAGGCAAUUGCAGCCUGAGGAGGCAAACAGUCCCAUCCUGGUAUUCUGCUUGUUUCAAGCACUUUGGAAGCUGACACCAAGCUGGUCCCCACUACCUCUCUCAGCUCACAGUUGCUACUUGAGUAGAUCUCAAAUCCCAAUGUCUCACUCUCCCACUCCGUUUUUAAUGUCUCAGAGAAGUAUUCCCAGUAUUCCAGAUUCCCAGUCCUCAAAGCAGAGAAAUCUCCCUCCCAAAUCUUCCCAUUACUCCUCCUCAAAUAAGCAAAGACAUACAGGCUGGCCACCUCCUGAGAAGCAAUGAAUGACUGUAAAUAGGAUCGGUAAUUAAUGAUUUUUUUUUCUAUGCCUCUUAAUGGGAAAGAGUCCGAUGUGUUGCCCCCAUGAAUGGACACUAGGGUGCAGAUAGAGAGAGAGACAGCGAGAGAGAGCAAGAAUCAAGUCAGCACCCUGGCCUUUCCUCGUGGGAGGAGGAGCACUAGGAUCUCUAGCCCACACUAUCUAGCAAUAGGCAGAAGCCUGCGAGCCCCAAGGCAGCAGCAGGUUGAAACAGGCCAGUUGCAGGGAAAAUAUCAGACCAAACCAGGCUUGUUGGGUGGGCAGGAUAGUGAGGCUGCUGGAGAGAAAAGAAACAGCAAGUAGCUGAGAAGAGGCUGAGAGAGAUAGAGAAUCACAUACUUCUGUUCAAAAAGAUUUCAGUGGAGCUCCAAGAGGCAAGAAAGGCAGCAAACAGGCAAGCUGGGAAGAAGAGAUUGUCUCCGAACAUAGCAGAGUGUGUGGGCACAGAAGACUGAUAGCAACCAAGUAAACAGUUCACAACUGUGGUAGCCACAGGAGCAAAGCCUGCUCGGCGAGAAGCAUGAGCACUCUUCCACAGACCUGUGACCAGGAGCUGAGAACAGGUGCAAAGAAAGAACGAUGCCUUCAGGGGAAAAGCCUACUUCUGUGUGCACUUCUUCUCAGUACUCUCCUUGGCUUUACAUUGCUUAUCACGUACCUCAUGAUGACUUGUGCUCUAGGUAUAAUAUGAGAAUCCUUUUCCAUUCUUCCUCAUCCACCCCAUUUUUAAGAUCCCUCUCUUACCUGCCUCCACUGAUCAGUGUUAAGAACCAGACUUUCAGAAUCUCCAGGAAUCAUAACAUCUUUUGUCAAAAAGGAUCCUGUGAUGCUGAGUCAGAUCUUGCUCUGUUGGAAAGACUUCUGAAUUCUAGGAAUGACACUGUAAACCCCUGUGAGAACUUCUACAAAUAUGCCUGUAGCAGAUGGGAAGGCAAACAGACAAGAAGAAACAGAGAAGAAUCACUAAAUGUAUUUGAUGUGUUGCUGGAAGAAAACCUGUUGAUCCUGAAAAGGCUUUUAGAAAGUCCACAGUUUGGGAUAAGAGGCUCAGCCAAGGAGAAAGCAAUGCAAUUUUAUCGUUCCUGCAUGGAUACUGAACGAAUAGAGUCCCAGGGAGCCCAGCCAUUGAAGGACCUCCUAAAUCAGGUUGGUGGAUGGCAUAACACAGGUGUGGGGGAAACAAAGGAUUUUAAUAAAACUCUUCAGAUUCUCAUGAGCAGAUAUAGCACCUUUCCAUUUUUUAGAGUCCAUGUGGGACCUAGUCCUUUUGACCCCAAGACCAAUAUUAUUCAGAUUGACCAUCCUGAGUUUGAUAUUCCACUUGAGAGUGAAUUCAAAGAGAAAAAUUAUCUUGAGGUCCUCCGUGUAUAUCUUUCAUAUUUGAAGAAACUGGGAGUCCUACUUGGAUGGACAGAGGAUGGUCUCCCUGAUUCCUUUUCCCUGACCUUGUCCUUCAUCUCGAACCUCCAGCGAUUUGUCACUCCACUGCAGAAAAGACAACAGAGGGGGAUGCUGUUCUUUCGCACUACAAUUAGGGAGCUACAGGAAAAGGCACCUGCUAUUGACUGGCUGGCGUGUCUCAAGGCUGUCUUCCAUCCUGUGUCAAUGAACCUCUCUCAGCCAAUUGCAGUGCAUGACAUGGAUUACUUAAGCAACAUGUCGCAGCUCAUUGAGAAAUGGCACAAGGGAAGGGUCCUUCACAUUUAUAUGAUUGUCUGUCUAGUUGGGAAUCUCUCUCCAGCCCUGGACAGUCAAUUCCAAGAUGCAAGCUUGGAGCUGUAUAAGAUCCUUCAUGGAAAAACGGGAUCUAGAAUGAUCCCAGCAGAGCGCUGGAGGAAGUGCUUGACUGAUACCAGCUCUUUCUUUGAGCCAGUUCUAGGGAAGAUGAUUGUGCAAGAAAUUUUCCCUGAGCGGACCAAGAAAUUUGCUGAGCAGAUGUUCUCUGUGAUCCAAGAUGCCCUCUCUGACCGCCUUGAUCAGGUGGAGUGGAUGGAUGAACAGAGUCGCCAAAACGCUAAAGCCUUGGUAUCCAAACUACAAGUGGAGAUUGGCUAUCCAGCUCACAUACUCCAGACUGACAAAGUGAACCUGGAAUACCAGAAUCUGGAGAUAAAUGAAGACACUUUUUUCCUCAAUGUGGUGGCUUGCUUGAAAGUACUGAGGGAAAAUUCCUACCUGAAGCUCCUUCAGCAUUACCCACAGCAAAACUGGCAUGUGCACCCCUGGAGUGUGCAUUCAUACUAUUCAAUAAGAGACCACAUGGUGGUCUUUCCGGCUGGAAUGUUCCGCAGUCCUUUUUUCCACAUGGAGUUUCCCAGCGCUAUGAAUUUUGGAGCCAUCGGGGUCUUCAUGGCACAUGAAAUUCUUCACUCAUUCUAUGGUUAUGUAUUGCCUGGGGGCUGUCCUGCAUGCAACAGGAGUGCACUACAAAGAUCUAUAGACUGCUUGGUUGAACAGUAUGAAAGCUACAGCUUUAACGUCAACGGCACCUUCACACUGUUGGAGAAUACAGCUGACACUGGAGGGCUCGCCGUCGCUUACCAGGCCUAUAAGAAUUGGCUGAAAAAACACAAAGAAGAAAAGGAUUUACCAAAGACUGGACUUUCACACGAUCAAAUUUUCUACCUCAGUUUUGCUCAUGCAAUGUGUGGACACCAGGAUCCAGAGAAGCUCCAGUCUUCCCUGAAGACAGAUCCACAUAGUCCUUUGCCGCUUCGUGUCUCUGGGCCUGUCAGCAAUAGCCAGGACUUUUCCAAGAGCUUCCAAUGUCCCAGGGGAUCCCCAAUGAACCCAGACAAUAAAUGCCGCAUCUGGUAAUGCGCACGGAAGAGGAGGAAGAGAGAUGUGAUCCCAGGGAGAGGAAGGCCUGACGCAUGAAAAUACGACCGUCUCGGGGCCUCUGGGGUGACAUGGUGCUCUUAUUCGCUCCUUUGCCUUCCUUUUCUUGUUAUCUUUUCCUCAGCAUUUGAUGACAGGGAAAUUCUUAAACUGAUCUCAUAAGGAGGGGGUCUCCUGCAAGGCUCUCAGUGCUCUGUCCCAGAUGUGUGACAAGACCCAGGGCAGCAAGGUGACCGGCCAGUUUCUAGUAGGCAUCAGCUUGUGAGGAGUUGUGAACAGACUGUUACAUUAUUAGUCCCUCUGUUCCUGUCUGCUUCAGAAGCCUCGCAGUCCUGUUGAAAGGGCAAGUCAAUAAACUGGAGCUGUAAGAAUUGUUCAUAUCUUACAAUAGCUCUUGGGAGAAUCCUCUGGGUUACUGUGCAAAGCAUACGUAACUUACAAGACAGGGAAGAAUCCUCUUCUUUUCUUCUGCUAAUAAAUGGAGACAGGUGCUAGGAAAGACUCAGUGGCUACAAUUUGUAGGCUGAAAGGUAAGUGACUUAAUAAUGAAGUUUACUGAAGGCCUUCUCUGCUGUUUUUGCUUCAUCAGCAAAACUCAGACAUAAGAAGAAAGAGGAAAGUGUCCCCAUGAAUGGGAGGGUAACUGGGGAGCUGAGAACAGAUCCUCUCUUUUUUUUCCCAGCAAGAUCCUCUUGUUGUUAGUGUCUAGGGUUGAGAAUAUGGUAGAGGAUGCAGUAUGGGAGAGUCACAAAGGUUUCUAGAAGUUUCUGAAGGUUGAACAACUAGAAUUCCAAGAGCUUCUCUGGAUCCUGAACCUGGUUCUCUCCCUAUAUUUGUAAAUAUUUACCAUCCAAGCAGGGGAGUAGAGCUGUUAUAGGACUGUAUUUUUGACUUGAAAUUGAAUUUUAGGUAUUAAUUUGCUUUAGAGCAAAAGCAGAGUUAGAAGCCACAUGAUUUGGGGUAAUGGAAGUGCCUAAAGUACAUUCUUAGGACAAUAUAACAAUUAUAUCUAUUUCAGGUUCUCGUAAUUAGAAAAUUUAUACAAAUUUUCUAAAAUUUACUGAUAUUAAUAAGUAUACAAAAUACAUAUACCUUUUGCAUACUCUUCAAACUGUUCUUGUUUAUAGGAACAUUUUUAUUUUACUUAUUAUAUUGGCUGCCUGGGGACUGUUUGUGGAAUAGACGAUGGCAAGUGGAAACAUCCCUUAUCAAUGUAAGCAUUUUAAAAGUAACUGUGUUAAUCCUUUUCAAGUACUGAUAAAUACAGCAAAUAUUUUCCAAGAAUGGACUGUUCUGAGAUUUUGUUUUCAUUAAUUAACCAACAUAUUAAUGAAGUGUUUGCUUCUAAAAAAAAAUUACUUUGAUUGCAAACGCUUUAUCAUCAGGCCUGUAUUUUAUUCUGUAUUGAUACUGUUUACAACUUGUCUGGCACUCUUAGCUGAACUUCACAAGUAAUAAAUUAGAAUACCUCAAAAUAUUUUGAUUUAUUUCCCAUCAUAAAAAAAAAAAAACCAAAAUUGGACUUGUGGUUAUCAUUACCAUUUAAACAGCAUAUACUCGUCCUUCCCUUCAGUCAUUCAAUUGAUUUUCUCCUAGCAGCAUGUCCAGACAAUAUUUUUAAGAUGCUAAGAGCAAAUAACAUUGUGUAACCCUUAGUGCAUAAUACAGACAUUAUUUCAGUGUUCUGAGACUACUUGGCUUCUGUGUUUAUUGUAUUUAGAAAAAGCAAAACCAUGCAUUUUGAGGAUGCAUAACUUCUCUUGUAUCUAUCUUGUUAAGUGUAUGGGUAGGCACAGUUCCCUGGAAUAUGUUUUUCUUUUUCUUGUUCUUUCAGUAUAUGUUGAAAUUAAUAAUAUUCUGUUUAAAAUAGAGGGCCACCAGUGAAAUGGGUGAGUUGAAUUAAUUCUUAUUAUUAGAUAUUAUGUUUUUACACAAAGAACAUAUGGGAAGUACAAGAAGGGAAUUCUGGCUUAGAAAAAAUUACUGAGGAUUUAUUGUGUUUCUCAAGAAGAAAGGAAAACACUUUCAAUAUGUGCACAGGGUCCUUGCCCUUAUCUUCAGUGUUCUAGUUCAGUACCCUGGGAUGUGGUUGGUGAAGACAACCUGUAUUGUCCAGUAGGUGAUCAUGAAACACAGGUAGAUGUUCAAAUUGUUAUCAUUCAUGAUCACAGAAAUUAUUUCAAGCUCUAUGUCAUGCAUUAAAAAGACCAAAGCAAUCUUGAGAAGAGCAAGAUCUAAGAGGAAAUCCUUCACUGCUGAAUUGCUCAGUUUCUCUGAGUCCUCAGGUUCCACCAUAUCGAUCAUCUCCAUUCCUUCCCCUGUUGAUGAGGCCACAAAUGACUCCUCCAUUUCCUCCCAGCCUGUAAAUUAGGGAAAAAGGGAACAAAAUAAGCUUUCUUCUUUUUCACUUCUUUCAUACUUGAAGCCUUUUUACCUCUGCAUCCCUCCUGUUUUAUUCUCCCUGUUUUCUGAACUUUCAAAUCCUCUUCACUGAAUGUCCAUUUCCUCCUUCAUCUCAAGAAGCUUUUCAUUCAUACCUCUUUCUUCUCUCUGCUUCUCUUGUCCUUUUCUUGUUUCUGUGAUUCUGAUUUUGAAAUAUUUUAUUUUAGUAGUCGCUUUUUCCUCACUCCACUUUACAUCUUCACAAUUUUCUCUUUUCCUGUACUUUUCCAUUGUGAAAGUCACCCCAGAUGCAUUCUUUUAUCUUUUUAGGGCCAUGACUAUAGCAGUAGACUGUAAUAGCCCUUAAAAUCUGUGACUGGAGCCUUUACCUGAAUUCCACGGGUCCAAGAGCUGCAUUUAAACUUGGGUCUGGGUCUUAGAUCUCUCAGUUCUCUGUUUGGGGUCUGUUGCAAAUAUACUUAUCUCCAGCUCCAUCUCUAUCACAGCUGUGGCUGGACCCUACUAUUCUGGAUCCUGACCUGCACAUUGACCUCCUGGUUUGACCUUGAAUAUGCCUUAUCACUAUGGACCUGCUUGGAAGUCAUGGCACUGUGUCUGACUCUAUUUUCUUUCAUUAUUCACCCCGGUCCCCAGGGGUGUCCUGGACCUUUCCUUUCAGAUCUCUGUAGGGUGUGAGGGGACAGCUGAGGCAGGAGGCUGCAGUCAGGGAUGCGGGUGAUCUAAGGGGCCGUAACAUCAAUGACUGACCUGAACUUGUGCAUCCCCCAUGUCCUCUGCCCCGUGUAAGCGUGGGGUUGGGCUGUCACUGCACUGUGUCUGACCCUGGUCACCAUCACUAGGUUUGGUCCUGACACUGACUGGCAUUCCUCCUUGAACUUGGACUUGUCUCAGCAUUGUGGACCUCCCUGGUGACCUCUUGUCUGACCCUGACUGCCAUUGACAGGCCUGUCCUGCUCAGGUCUGUGGGAUGGCCUUGCUAUCCCACUCCUUUGGGGGCUCCCUAUUCCUUAGGGAUCAUCUGACCUCCACUUCCCCUACACAUAUAUCUUGUCAUUCCUCCUCUGAUUUUCUUUUUAUAAAACCAAGCUUCCGUGUCCAUACCUAUCUCAUUUCUUGCCCUUAGCUGCUCUCCCAGCCCCUUAUUUCUCAUCCUCUCACUUCAGCCCAUCCUCUCACCUGCUGUUGGACUGCUCUCCCCUUCCUGUUCAUUGUCGGCAGUGCGAGUCAUGCGCUGCAUUUUCAUUGGUACUGAGCAGUAAGUGGCAGGGAACAAACUCAUCAGAUAGAUGGCAAAUCCCAGGAAAAUUACCAGGAGUGCAUUAUCCCCCAUCCUAUUUUGCUGUCUAGCACAAGACACUUUUGCUCCUCACUGCUUUUCGGGAAAUGGAAUCUGGACAUAACUACCACCACGGUCUUGUUUGGGGCACAUUGUGACAUCAUGACACCAUCUGACAUACAAAGGUGCUGCAUGCUGUUAGGCAGAAACACUAUGUAGGUAAGAAGACCCCAAAGCAAGGAAAGAGUGUGAAAGCUUUUGGGAAUAAUUUUAAAAACUGUGUCUCUGCUGAAAGGUAAAAAAGCGAAUGAAAGGGAUAGGAUCAUAACGACAAGACACUACCUAAUGUAAAAAAAUCACAAUCCUGAAUAUUUCUGUAGCUGACAACAGACUGAAACUGAACAAAAAAGUGUUUUUAAAACUGAUACAAGUGGAGUGGAAAAUGUAAUGAAUUUCCCAUUACAGUGCUUAAGCAAUUAUUACUAAUUUGUGCUGUUUGGCUCAAACAGCCUCAGUAAAAAAAAAAAAAAAAACCAAACAAAAAAAAAACCCGAAAAAAAUCCAUUCAAAUGACAAGCAUGUGUUUUAAAUGACCUCUAGAUGGUGAUCUAACAACAUCAAUGUAGAAACAACUCAUCUUGAAAAGCAUCUCUUUUACAGAGAAAAAAACCCAUCUCGUGUCUCAUUAACCCUUGCCAUUGACUUUGCCAGACGAAACUGCCCACUCUAAAUCUCUGUCCAGACUGCAUUUUAGAACUCUGAUGAUGACUUUUCACCAUGUAGAGGAGAAAGUAAUUUUCUAGUUAUUUUCAAACUCACAUUUAAACCCAACUAUUAUUUGCUGUACCAAAUUUCUUUCACACUCCUGUAAUUUACAUGCAGAUUUAUGUUAAGAUCCCUUGGAUUUUACUUUCUUUUUGUGCGUUUAUUUUCAUUUGUGUUGGUUUAUUUUGGAGAGUUUUUUGUGGUCUUGGGGGGUGGUUGUCAUUUCUUGUUUGUGGGGUUUUUUUUCUCUUUUCUAUUAUUAACAAUGGUCCUUCCAUUCAAGCGCUUCACACUUCUUUUAUGGAUGCCCAAAAGCAAGCCAGGAAUUAGCUCAUCAAAUCAAGAUAAUAAUUAUCCUGGGCCUAUGAUGGUUAUUACAGACUUAAGCACAUGCAAGGAUAUUUACAUUCUGAUUUAUAGGCAUUGAGAUUUCUGCACCUGGUCUUAGGUCAGCUUCAGCUUGUUGUCCAAGGCAUUCAGCAGUUUCUUUUUUGCUUGCCUUGAAAAGAUUUUACAUUCAGCCUAGAAAGUGUUCAUUAGAAAUAUACUUCAGGAGGUUAGAAGAUCAAUUUUUCAGAAAUACUCAUUGAGUGGAAUUUUUGAAUGUUACAUUCAACAAAUAAAUAACGUGUUUGACUGUAAAAUAAAUUUCUUCUCCACUGCCUCCCACUGAAUGGUGUAAUGACGAGUUCAAUACACUGGGUAUCAGUAGAUAUAUAACACUGGGGUAGGACAGAAGCUUCAACAGAUCUGCAUCAGAGAGGAUAAGAUGGAGUGGGACUGGAACCUAGAUUUUUCAGUCCUGCAGAACAAUUAGUAAAGCAACUUCAAGGGGCAUGUUCCCUACAGAGAUAUCUGUAUCUAAAGUAAUCUGUGCCCAAAUCAGCAUAAGAUUGUAUUUCAAAGGUGUUCUUCAUUUCUCACUGGGAGUGUGGGAUACUUUCAGGUCCUCACCUGCACCUCUGAAUUUUUUUAUUUCACUAAAGUAGGUAAGUAAAUAGAUGCUAGAUGUGGAAACUCUUACUAUGACUGAGGUCAUGAUGACAUAUUCAUUCUGGCAUAAGCUCACACUCCUGCCUCAGCAAGGGAUCCUAAUGCUGGAUGCUUGCUCUAACAUCUUUUCCUUUGCUCACACUAGUGUUGAUGUGGUUCGGUUAAUAGGGUGUAUUAGGUGACAAAAUAAUUUUCAACAUGGGCUUCAUUAGGCCACUUUUCUAUUGGGUGAGUUUUCAAUGCAGUUAUCUGUGCAGUCAAACAGAGGCUACUCUGCAGUGAGCCAGCAGAAACAAAUAAUUGGGGUGGGACAGAGGAUGGCUGGACUCCCCUUUACUGAGUGACAGACACUCAAUUCAAAAGAAGCCAUGGCUUGAAAAGAAACGGGUGUCUACGCAAUCCUUGCUCGAAUACAGAGUUUUGAUUCCUGUUUUGCUUGCUUUGUGUUUAUGCAUGUUCCCUAGCAAAGUAUAUAUCAUUAAAAUGGGAAAAGGAUGAAACGCAAAAUAAGAAGAUUUAAGCUUUAAAAAUAAAUAUUUAAGCAUACUCUUUAAACAUCUCUGAAGAGCUCUUAAAAUCCCACUGCAAAACUUUUUUAAAAGAAAAAUAAAUAUAGAGAACCAGACUGUCUGACUAAUGUUUUUUUCCUCAGUGUGGUUGACAGUAAUAGAAUAUUUACCUGACCAUCUCAGACUUUGUAUACGUAUUUCUCUGGCUGUUCUCUGUUUUGCAUGAGUGAAUGCAAAUAUAUGUGAAAAUUUCAAUUUGUAUGCAUUCCACACAAUAGAGAAAAAAAAGUUGAAAUAAUUAAAUUAAUUACUUUUUCCCCCACUUCAUCUCUGUUCCCAGAAUUAAAUCACCCUUUGCCAGCACUACCACCCCAUUGAUUGCACUGCAUUCUUAAAAUCUAUCCUUAAUAAACUGUUUUGUUUUAAAAACUGUU